GUCGCUCAAGACAGUGCGGAACAAAGUCGUUGCUGAGGGCAUGUCCUCCUCGAUGGGCGAGUCGGUCGCGUUUGUACCUCCUGUUCAGAUGAGGGAUGUGUCGGUGGAGACGUGGCUGCGACGCGUGGAGUUAAAAAUGCGGGAGAUGAUGCAGAAGCGUAUCAACGCCACACUGGACGAUCUGCAAAAGAAUGUCUUUGACUCCAAGAAGCCCAUUUCAAGGGAUAAGUUAAAGGCAUGGGUCGAACGCAACGAAGGGCAAUCAAUCAUCACAUCCGCCUGUAUCAAUUGGACAUUGUUGACGGAACUGGCUAUCAUGGAGUAUGGCGAGUUACACAGCAAUGGCCUCAGUCUACAGCGUCGAAAGGCCUCCCCACUCUACAAGGUGUACAAGCGAUGGAAGGGGCUUAUCAAGAAGUACUGUCAGCUUGUCCGUCAGCCACAAAGUCGCAUGCAGCGCAACAAGCUUGUCGCGGUCAUCACAAUUGAGGUGCACUCCCGUGACAUUCUCCGACACGUGUUGGCUUAUCGUGUGCAUCAGGAGGAAGACUUUGAGUGGUCACGGCAGCUACGUUUCUACAAGGAGGAUGACGAAACGGCGGAACGCCCACAAGACGCACCGAAAGUGUGUAUUGUGCGACAGACUUCUGCAGUGGUGCGCUACGACUAUGAGUAUCUUGGGAACAGCGGGCGCCUUGUUGUCACGGGGCUGACAGACCGUGCGUACAUGACACUAACGACGGCGCUUCAGUUGCAUCGCGGUGGUCUUCCGCAGGGACCUGCGGGAACUGGCAAGACAGAGACAGUGAAGGAUCUUGGGAAAGGCCUUGGUAAGUAUGUCAUGGUAUUUAACUGCUCGGACGGUUUAGACUACAAGUCGGUGGGCCGCAUGCUGAGUGGCAUUGCUCAAACAGGCUCCUGGUCAUGUUUCGACGAGUUUAACCGUAUCGAAGUGGAGGUGCUUUCUGUUGUGGCCCAGCAGAUUUUGUCUAUUCUUAGUGCAGUGGCUGAGCGGAAGAGUCAUUUCAUUUUUGAGGGCUCUGACAUCGUACUCAAUAUGAAUUGUGGGCUGUUUGUGACGAUGAACCCCGGCUACGCGGGUCGUUCCGAAUUACCGGACAACCUCAAGGCGCUACUACGCCCCAUUUCUAUGAUGGUGCCGGACUUUGCGUUAAUCUGCGAAAUUACACUACUCUCUGAGGGGUUUGAGGAGUCGGAGGUUCUCUCAAAGAAGGUGUCUAUCCUGUACGAACUCAUGGAGAAGCAGUUGUCAAAGCAGGACCAUUAUGACUUUUCCCUCCGUAAUAUCAAGGCGGUGCUUGUGCAGGCGGGGAACCUGAAGCGGGAAAACUUCCCCGGAACGGAGUCUCAGCUAAGCCUGAAGGCCAUGCGAGACA